AUGACCACCGAGCUGAGCCGAUUCAUUCUUUGGCUUGGCUAUCCAGCGAUCAGACUGAGGUCAGACAAUGAGAACAGUGUGGUUGCGGUGGUCGAUGCCGUUCGCAAAGUCCUGAGAAACUUAGGAGUGGAGGUGCACAAAGAUUCGGUGCCGAUUGAUGCUCAUCAGGCCAACGGUCCAGUGGAGCAAUCGCUCCAGUCUGUGAGGCAACUUGCGUGUACUUUGAUGUCGCAGCUAGAAGUUGGCCUCGGCGCCGAGUCAGGCAAGGUUCUGUUCGACACGAACCCCCCAAUGUGGCAGUGGGCUGUGUGCCAUGCUGCAUGGAUCAAGUCAAGAUUCGCUGUGACUCAGGGUUCUACGCCCUAUGAGCGAUUGACGGGAAGUUUGUACCGUAGCAAGGUAUGCAAGUUCGGUGAAGCAGUGAUGGCGUACCUGAAACAAUCCCCGAAGGCAGCUCCCAAGUGGCAGAAAGCAGUAUGGCUAGGCAAAACAGUUGCCAACGAUGUGAACAUUCUCGGCGUUCCCGGCGGUGUGUUCGUGUCUCGCUCGGUGAGGCGGUUCAGUGACUGCUGGGAUCAAAACCUUUCAGCAGAGAUCGAUACGAAUGUUUGGCAACAUGGCUUAGCAAGCUUAGGAGGAACCUUGGUUUUGAACAACAAGAAGCUUACCCCUGCAGUCCAGCCGGCAAUCCCGUUACCGGUUGAGGCGGGGAAACCAGAUGUGGUUGAGGAGGUGCCAAGGUCCCCUUCGCAAGUUGCUGCAAGUGAUCCUGUGUCGAGUUCGCCAUCCGGAUCGAUGUCCGUGGAUUUUCCUGAAGGUGUGCCUGAUCUUCAAGUACCAGCACCUGCUGGGAAUGCAACCGAGGCAGCUCAGACAAUGCAACAUGGUGAUCAGGGUGAUGUGUCCAUGCCUUCAGUUCCAGAAACAGUGCAGCUCAGUGAAAAUCCCAAACCUUCGAAGCAGCCUAGACUUCAAACGAGCAGUAUCUCCAUGAUCUCCCCGACGGGGGUCAGCACAUCCUUUGAUGAGGUGAACUUGGUUGUGCCGUGUGAAGAGCUUCCUUGCACUGUUGAGAUUCGCAAAGUGACCUACGCGCAUGAAGAUGAGAGUGUCGAGCUAGUUUUUGAUCAGGACGCUAUCGAUGAUAUGGAGAGCUAUGACUACAACGAUUAUCAUGAUGACCAGGUCGGUGACACAGGCGACUUGGAUCCAAGAUUGUGCCGUCCGCGGGUGUCAGAUGAAGAACCAGAGUGCGCAGAAGAAGAGAUGAGAGAUUUAGAUGCGAUUGCGGAUCAAAUCGAGAUCACUCGGUUGAAGAGUAUGACGGUGUUGCAAGAUCCAGCCGGAAUGGAUUUGACAGAAGCGGUGCACCUGACAACCAAAAUGGUCAGGACAUGGAGACACAAGGAAGUAGGGAAUCCAGCGGUGCCAGUGUGGUAUCGACGGAGUCGGUAUGUAGCACGUGAGUUUGCUUGGCUGUCGGAGAGGACCGACUUGUUCAGCCCUGCGAGCUCCAGCCUAUGCAAUCGUCUACUGCCCAUUCUCUACAUGCACCACAAAGCUAGGGACGAUGAUGCGAACAUUCCCAAGUUGACGCUGUUCGCCGUUGACAUCGGCGACGCAUUUCUCACCGUUCCGCAGGUGCGACCGACCUAUGUGACCUAUGUUCACCCCGAUGGAUCCAAAGAGAUCUUCUCCUUAGGGUUCGUUCUUCCGGGACCAAGAUCAGGGUCGAGUGAUUGGUAUGAUGAUUUCAUGAAGUUCCUCAAGGGCAACCUGGGUGUCGUCGAGUGUGCAGCGCAUCCUUCACUUGUCAAGUCCACAGAUCCCGAGAGCAGGUUUGCCAUGGUUUGCAAGCGGAAGUUUGUGCACGGGGUGUUCAUCCCGACUUUGAAGAAGAAGUACAAGGUGACAGCGCACGUCAUUGAGAACAUUGGGGAUUCCAUCGAUUUCCUCAAGAGAAAGCAUACUUUGAUCAACAACGAUCAGCUUUUGCUAACCCCGAGCCCAAAGCACUUCGACAAGCUGUUUGACCUUUUGUGUGUGAGUGAGAAUACCUCGUGCAAGAAGUGCCCCUACAUGCCACAGUUGGACGAGAUCGAUAACAGUCCUGAGUUGAAGAGCGGCGAGGCAACAACGUUCAGGAGCGGAAUUGAUUGUUGCUUUACCUGUCAGUUGAUCUCCCGGAAUGCCAGUGCGCUAUUCGUGCUCUCGCUUCGAGGAUGGCACGGCCAACAGCACUUGGCAAAGUACCUCAUCGGUGGGAGGUACAACGGUUUGAUGAUUGUGAAGACUGAUCCCGGUGAAGGGUUGAUGGGUCCAAGGAACGAUGCAGGAGAUCAGUCGAUUAUCCUCGAGAGCUUCAGCGAUUCGAACUGGGCCGCUUGUAAAGGAUCUAGAAAGAGCGUUUGCGCAAGCGUCAUUUGUGUCGCUGGCAACAUGUUGUUCAGCUCAUCGAGAACGCAGCGAGUGGUGGCACUUUCGUCAGGGGAGGCGGAACUUCUUUCGUCCGCAAGCAGCAUAUGUGAUGCACUUCUGAUCCGUGAGCUCCUUGAGUUCAUGGACUUCGGCAGGGUGAAGAUCUUUCACCACAUCGAUGCCAGCGCAGCUAAGGCGAUGCUGGAACGUUCCGGAGUGGGAAAAGUUCGGCAUCUUUCUUGCCGAAUCUUAUGGUGCCAACAAUUGAUUAAAUCCGGCGAGGUUGCCCUGCUGAAGAUCAGUACUACAUUCAAUCCGAGCGACCUUGGAACGAAGGGACUGAGCCGGGCAAGAACACUCAUGUUGAUGUGCAUUUUGCGUGUGUGGGAUGAGAUGUGUGAGUGCUUCGUUGGUGCCCAAGAGCUUCGAGAGGAGAGAGAGAAACAGAGUUUCAAGCAGAGCAUGAAAGUGAUUCGCAACAUUCGUGUGCCGAUCAUGAUCUCAAAGAGUGCUUUGCGUGCAAUGGUUUCGGCCAGUUUGAUUUCGGGUGCAAGCGCCUUGGGCUUUGGCGGCGGGUUUGAGAUGUUCGCGAUGCUGUAUGCCCUGUUGUUUGAAGAGUUCCCGAUGAUGACGCUCAUGAUGCUCUACCUCUUCACGUUGGCGGUGAUCGGGACGAUCUUGUGCAUGCGUCCUCAGUCGACUGUGAUUGUGAAGGGCUUUGAUAAAUCUUUGUGCAGCGGCGAACGCGCCAUUGACAUUUCAAGCCGAACGAGUUCGAAAGAUUCAGCUUCCAGCUCAGUCACCGGUGAGGAAGUGAUGAUCAAACAGAGGCGCAACCGCAAGGUCAAAGAGCCAGUGAACCCAGUAUGGAUUGCGGGGGAGUAUGGGAAGAAGUAUCACAUGAUUGGGUGUGGCAAGUUGAAUGGUUCCUUGGACCUUGGAGGUAGUUCGUCGGCGUGGCCGCUGACCCAUCGGGACGAGCUGGCCUGGCGGGAGGAUGAGUGGGAGCGCCGGACUAUGCGUCGAGUGCACGCGGAGGGCCAUCUGGACGGCGCCGACGUUAUCUACCGCGAGCUGCAGAGCCAAGGCAUCCGCUUCCCGGACGCGGACUUGAUCUGGGACAUGUGGUGGGAGCGGCGGCUUCCGGCUGGCCCCCGGUAG